UUUGAUCAAAAAAGGGAAAAAAAAAACUAGAAGAAGACGUAACAGCUUUAGCCUUACGCUUCCACCGAUAACAAAGAAAUUCUCCGAUUUCCAUUUCUCGUUGAAAUUUGUUUUCGUAUCGUACAAUUGGGAAUUUCGGAGUCGGUUCGCCGCACAUGGCAGCGCCAAAGCCACGCACCAGUCGCUCCAAGUCUCUCAGGGAUGCUCCUGAUUCGGAGAAGAUGGACGGUGCCUAUAGCUGGGACGCCCUCGAAUGGACCAAGAUUGAGCACGUUUCGCGGUCUGUUUCGCGUGUGAAAUUGGAUUGCUUGCUUGAAGCGGAGGAAGUCAUUGCUGAGGGCUAUGGUGUUGUUCUUGUGAAUACCGAUGAGGCGGGUACCUUGUUUGUAACCAAUUUUCGUCUUCUAUUUCUGAGUGAAGGAACGAUGGAUGUUAUUGCCCUUGGGACUAUACCACUGGCCACAAUUGAAAAAUUCAACAAAAUAGUUGUGAAGAUGAAUUCUGUCUCUCGCCAAUCUGAAAAGUCUCCAGCUCGACGACUUCUUCAGGUCAUUGGAAAAGACAUGAGAAUUAUUGUCUUUGGUUUUCGUCCAAGAACAAAACAGAGGCGUAAAGUAUAUGAUGGAUUAUUGAGUUGUAUGAAGCCUGCAAGAAUAUGGGAUCUAUAUGCAUUCAAGUCCGGGCCAUUCAAGUACAGUAAUACAGACCCAAAAGUUCGCUUGCUAAAUGAGUAUUUUCGACUUCUUGGAAAGAGCUCCCUCUGGGCAUCAAUGAGUAUGAUUGAAGAUGGAUCAUUUACAUUGUCCAAUGAGUUGUGGAGAAUAACUAACAUCAAUUCCAGUUAUGCUCUGUGUCAGAGUUAUCCAUUUGCAUUGGUUGUACCAAAGCACAUUAGUGAUGAAGAAAUGUUGCAGGCUUCUACCUUCCGGGCUAGAUGCCGUUUGCCUGUUGUUUCGUGGUGCAAUCCUGGUACUGGAGCUGUUCUUGCACGUUCAUCUCAACCUUUAGUUGGUCUUAUGAUGAAUAUGAGAAGUAAUACUGAUGAAAAGCUUGUUGCUGGACUUUGUUCCCAUCUCGCUGGUGCUCAUGGGUCACCUCGUAGGAAGCUUUAUAUAGCUGAUGCAAGGCCUAGAAAAAAUGCUUUAGCAAACGGAGCUAUGGGAGGUGGCUCAGAAUCAUCAUCAAAUUAUUUCCAAUCUGAGAUAGUUUUUUUUGGGAUUGACAACAUUCAUGCAAUGAGAGAAAGUCUUACGCGGCUCAGAGAGUACUUGGAUACCCAUGGUGCUAAAUCAUCCGAUGGAAUGUCCUCAUAUUUGAGACAUGGUGGAUGGACUUGGGGUGGAGGUAAUCUUAGUAGCAUGUCUGCAUCUGUAUCAACUCUUGGAGAUAGUGGCUGGUUAAUCCAUGUUCAAAGCGUCUUGGCUGGUUCAGCAUGGAUUGCUGCACGUGUUGCUUUGGAAGAUGCAACGGUUCUGGUUCACUGCAGUGAUGGCUGGGACAGAACAACACAACUGGUUUCACUUGCUAGCUUGCUACUUGAUCCUUAUUAUCGGACGUUCACUGGAUUUCAGGCACUGAUUGAAAAGGAUUGGCUGGCAUUUGGUCAUCCUUUCUCAGAUCGAGCUGGCAUGCCAACCGUAUCGGGAAGUGGUAACUUGCAACUCGCUCGGCAGUCUUCUACUGGAAGUUUUUCAUCUUCACCUAUGCGUCAGCCACCGGGAUCAUUCACAUCUCCAGCAUCCAGUCCUCCCCAUCCACAAACUUCAAACAACUGUUCUCCCAUAUUUUUACAGUGGGUUGAUUGUGUUUCACAACUUCUGCGCAUGUAUCCCUUUGCUUUUGAGUUUUCUUCUGCAUUCCUGGUGGAUCUAUUGGACUGUAUGCUUUCCUGUCGCUUUGGAAACUUCUUGUGCAAUUGUGAGAAGGAGCGGCAGCAAUGUGCUAUUUCUGAAGUAUGUGGCUGUCUAUGGGCAUAUUUAGCUGAUUUACGAGCUUCGGAAGGAAGUUCACAUGUGCAUUAUAACCUUUUCUAUGAUCCAACGAUUCCAACCAAACAUGAUGGCGCUCUCUUACCUCCUGCAGCAGCUCUAGCUCCAACUCUCUGGCCUCAGUUCCAUCUUCGUUGGGCUUGUCCUUCUGAAUCUCAAGCGGGCGAACUUGAAGUGAGAUGCAGGAAAAUGGCUAUCAAGUUCUCUGAACUGCAGAAGGAAAAGGAAAUAGCCGAUAGGAAAGCUCAAGAGAUGACAGCUGCCAUGGAAUCGUUAAAAGCAGAGUUGUAUAUUGAGAAACAGUUGAGUAUUUCAGCUAGGAAUGUUGCAAAAAGUGCAAGCAAAGAAUGUGAAGCCAUAAAGAGAGCAAUUCAAUCUCUAGGUUGCAAAGUUCAAGUCUCUAGUAAUGGUUACUGUACUGUUGACAUUGAGGGCGAUCUAAUGAAAUCCAAACAGAGAAGUCAUCCUGCUUCAAGGAGAACUUCAGAUCGUUCACUGCCUGUUGCUGAUGAGAAAGACCUUGCCGUUUCUAUCACAGUAACGGCAGAUGAUGUGCCAAGCAACCCUCUCAGUCACGUAUGUGAGGCACUUUGUCCAUUGCGCACCCGGGAUGGAGGAUGCCGAUGGCCUGAUGCUGGUUGUGCUCAUUUGGGCAGCCAAUUUAUCGGACUAAAGGCUAAUUUUGAUGCAUUUGACCAACUAUCCAUAUAUGACGGUUAUUUCAAGCCGGAGUGACAACUUUUCCACAGUCUCUAAGUCGGACGAACAGUACGAACCAAUUUUCUCCUUGCUCUUAAAAAGAAUACCAUUAAUUUAUUCGCAGAACUAGCCGCAUCUGAUGGACCCCAGAUAUUAGGAAAGGGUCUCAGAAUGGUGUACAUAGAGUGUUGAGUUAGCUGGUAAAUCAAGACACCAUAUUUGAACAGCUACACGGAAAAUUGGCUUAGUUAGUGGUCGAUAAACAACUUUUGUGGAUAGCUUAUUAGGAACUGAUUGAUUCCUGCAUAAAUUGGUCUCUGUACAUAUUUGACACAAGAUGUAUCAUUCUUUUACCAGCAAGUACUUUUGUGAUUAUCGACGGGAAUAAAACUAUUGCUGGCUUUCUAUUAAAUUU